UCUCGUGCCAAGAAGGGAGAUCGAGAGUACUUGAAAGACAGUAUGACGAAGCCCACGACGAUGGCCAUUUUUCUUGUCUUAGCGCUAUCCAUAGCACAGCUUCUUCCGUCCCUCGUCGCUGGCACCGGCCGGCCAAGGGUCAUCAUUGUUGGCGCUGGCAUAUCCGGUAUCUCAGCGGGGAAGCGGAUAUGGGAGGCUGGGAUAGCAGACGUAUUGAUCUUAGAGGCGACAGACCGCAUUGGCGGGCGGAUGCACAAGCAGAGUUUCGCCGGCGUCAAUGUGGAGAUCGGUGCCAACUGGGUGGAGGGCGUCAAUGGCGAAAAGAAGAACCCCAUUUGGCCCAUCGUCAACUCCACCCUCAAGCUCAGAAGCUUCCGCUCCGACUUUGACAGCCUUGCCCAGAACGUCUACAAGGACGGAGGCCUCUGUGACGAAGCAUACGUGCAGAAGAGAAUGGAUCGGGCAGAUGAAGUGGACAAGAGUGGGGAGAAUCUCUCCGCCACACUGCACCCAAGCGGCCGGGACGACAUGUCAAUCCUUUCAAUGCAACGGCUCAACGAUCACCUACCCAACGGCCCGUCGUCGCCGGUGGACAUGGCGGUGGACUACUUCACCUACGACUACGAGUUCGCCGAGCCGCCGCGCGUGACCAGCCUGCAGAACACCGUUCCCCUCCCCACCUUCACCGACUUCGGAGACGACACCUACUUCGUCGCCGACCAACGUGGCUACGAGUCCGUCGUCCACCACCUCGCCGGCCAGUACCUCAACGCCGACAAGUCCGGCAACAUCGCCGACGCCCGCCUGAAGCUCAACAAGGUGGUGCGUGAGAUCUCCUACUCCUCGACCGGCGUCACCGUGAAGACGGAGGACAACUCGACGUACCAGGCAGACUAUGUCAUGGUUUCUGCGAGCUUGGGAGUCCUGCAGAGCGAUCUCAUACAGUUCAAGCCACAGCUGCCUUCUUGGAAGAUUCUUGCGAUCUACCAAUUCGACAUGGCCGUGUACACCAAGAUAUUCGUCAAGUUCCCCAAGAAAUUCUGGCCCGAAGGGGCAGGGAGGGAGUUCUUCCUCUACGCGAGCACCAGGAGAGGCUACUACGGAGUCUGGCAGGAGUUUGAGAAGCAAUACCCGGAUGCCAAUGUGCUCCUGGUGACGGUGACCGACGAGGAGUCGAGGCGGAUCGAGCAGCAGCCGGACAGCCAGACCAAGGCAGAGAUCAUGGAGGUUGUGAGGUGCAUGUUCCCUGACGAGGAUGUCCCCGACGCCACCGACAUCCUCGUCCCGAGAUGGUGGUCCGACAGGUUCUUCCGGGGCAGCUUCUCCAACUGGCCCAUCGGCGUCAGUCGCUACGAGUAUGACCAGCUCAGGGCGCCGGUUGGGAGAGUGUACUUCACCGGUGAGCACACGAGCGAGCGCUACAAUGGCUAUGUCCAUGGAGCUUAUCUUGCAGGUAUUGACUCUGCAGAGAUUCUGAUCAACUGUGCACAGAAGAAGAUGUGCAAAUAUAAUGUCGGGGGCAAGCACGGCUAGUUUGUGGAGGCGCAAGCAUUUUCAUGAUGGGAUGAGAAAUGUGAGAUUCCACAAUUUGUUCAUCGAGGUGUAAAGCAAUUUGAGGAAAAAGUGUUUACACUAAUUGUUUACUUAUGCUAUUUCUUGUUGCUGAAUAUAUAUUUCAGCAGUUCAGCUGAUGUAUAUAUGUGCUAUUGUUUCGAAAUGAAUAAAAUCUUGCGUAGAUUUGUAAAUCUGUAAUUUCUGAUGACUACAAGAUACUCCGUUCAUUCACCAAUUCACGCUUGGGAUUCCGAUGGACCAA